AUGCGCAAUAGCCAGUUGAGCCACGUCAUCCACCCUCCAACCACGGAGAUGCUCACGGGCCCUUUGGCUGUUGUGCACGUCGGCUCACCUUCAACCAGAUUUGACAUCCAUGAACAGCUCCUCAUAGAGCGCAGCGAGUUCUUCAAACAUGCAUUGCACGGCCACUUCAAAGAAGCUCUCACCAAAACUGUCACUUUGGCUGAGGAUGAUCCGCGCUUUUUCUCAUGCUUGCAGCACUGGCUCUACACAGGCACCCUGGACUCGGUCUUCUCAGACAUGCCAGAUCUGGUGGUGGACGAGCAGCAUGACCUGAACCUGGAGUCAGUGGGACCCGGUGUGGACACGAUAUCCCCGCCUUAUACUCCGACCACCAGCUCUAGCUAUCCACCAAGGGGACUGAUUGGUCGCCUUCUCUCUCUCUGGAUAUUGGCCGACAAGCUGCAAGUGCGCCUGCUCCAGAACCAGAUCACGAGUGAGCUCAUAGAGCAGUGCACGGCCUGGAACCACGAUCUAGAGAUCAAAAGCGGAGACCUGGAGUUCGUCUACGAGAGCACUACCGAUACCUCCCCUCUUCGUCAUCUGGCGGUUGACCUAAUGGUUGUGACAAGCUUCGGCAUUGGCCUCGAACAACACCUCAGGAAACUUCCCGAGGAAAUGGUGAGAGACCUCUCUGUUUCCAUGAUCCAGCUCUCCAAGAUACACAUGGAUUGCCACCAUGAUGGCUUGCGGAGAGCCCCGAAAAUGAUGGCUAGAUCUCGCGGUUACUACGUCGUUAAGAUUAAUGGAGGAGGGCACGAGCAGAUCGAAUCCCCUCAGGGCGUGGAUUCAAAGUCCUCUGUGUUCGAUGUCAGCGGCGGUGGGCGGGGUUCUCUGGAAGGAAGCAGCAGUGGGGCAGGCUGGGGUGAUUACUAA